AUGCACUUCACAAUAUCAAUCGUGCCAUUCUUGGCUAACACGAUACUACCAGUCUGGUGUCAAAAGCAACAACAGCCAAUCCUCAGUCCCCAAGAAACCACCAUCAAGCAGCCACUCAUCGGGUUCGGAACUUACCUCCUCCCGCAAUCAGAAGCAUCUGAGAACAUCACCGCUGCUGUGUCGUUCGCCAUCGAAACUGGCUACCGACAGAUUGACUGUGCAGCUUAUUACGAGAAUGAGCAGGCUAUUGGAAAGGGGAUUGCUGAGGGUCUCUUGAAGGCUAACUUGUCGAGGGGUGAUAUCUGGGUUACCAGCAAGCUUUGGAAUGACCGUCACGGGGACUACGAUCUCGUAGAAGCGACGUUGAACAAAACUCUCAGCGAUCUCGGGCUGGAAUAUUUGGAUCUAUACCUUAUUCAUUGGCCCGUUGACAGCUCUUCGGGAAAGAACGAAAUCGAUUAUAUCAAGACAUGGAUCGCUAUGAGCCAACUCCCCAAAAGCAAAGUCCUCAACAUCGGCAUCUCAAACUUCUCUCCAGAACAGCUACGCCAUCUUAUUUCAGAGACUGGAGUCACGCCAGCUGUCCACCAAAUGGAACUCCACCCCUAUCUGCAGCAAUCAUCCUGGAUUGCAGCUAAUCGGGCAUUGGGGAUAUCAGUGACAGCCUACUCUCCACUCGGAAACUCGAGUCCCGAUUACCGCCACCCCUCUUCUCCGUCUCGCUUUUCAUCUUCAUUACUACGGUAUUUCUUCCCGUCCCAGAAUAAGAAAUCUGCACCACUGCCACCACCACCCUUGCUUCAGAACACCGUCCUCAAAGAGAUAGCCGAACGUCGGGACUGCACCGUGGCUCAGGUAGCGCUCUCUUGGAAUGCCGGCCGGGGUGUGAGCGUCAUCCCGAAGAGCAGUCACGAACGGUGGAUCAAGGAGAACUAUGAAGGCCUUGAGUGCGAGUUGGGGGUUCUGGAUCUCGUGCAGUUGGAGGAAGUUGGAGUGAAGUACUUGGCGAGAUUUAGUAAUCCGAGUGAGGAAUGGGGUGUCGAGCUCUUUGCGGGCUUGGACGAUGCAUGA